AUGCACGAACUCUUUUUCAUCUCUUUCCUUCUUUUGAUCUCAACCAGCCUUGCACACACAUCCAUACAACAACAACAACACCAAGAAUUACCCCUCUCUCAAGGUUGGUGUCUCCAAAACAACAAUCAAACCAUCAGAGAAUGUAAUUUUCAAAUUCCAGCAACAGUCCACACCAUUCUCUAUAAUCGGAGUGUAAUUCCUGAUCCGUAUUAUCGAUUUAAUGAUGUACUGUUGAGAUGGGUGGCUUUGGAGGGGUGGAUAUUUACAAAUCAAUUUGAUUUGGGAAGUGGCAUGAAAAUGAACGAAAUGAAACGAAUUUAUUUACAAUUUGAUGGAUUGGAUACUGUUUGUGAUAUUGAAUUGAAUGGACAGUGGAUUGGAGGUAGUGAGAAUAUGUUUCACAAGAUUGAGAUUGAUGUAACUGAUUUGAUAAGAGAAAAAUCCAAUUUGUUGGUUGUGAAAUUUCAAUCUGCUAUUGAAUAUUCGAAACGGAAAGCAAAGGAAAGUCUGUAUCCAAUUCCAACAAGUGAUAAUGAGCAAGUUCAGCAUGGUGAGUUGAAUAGAAACUUUAUAAGAAAGACACAAUCUUCGUUUUCAUGGGAUUGGGGUCCUUGUUUUGCUCCAAUAGGAAUUUGGAAACAAGUCAAGUUGAUAACAGUUUAUAAUUCUCUAACAUUGAAAGAUUUGAGAAUUGAAACAUUUCCAGUAUCUAAUAUUAUUCCAAAAAGAAACGGAGCAGAAAUUAUUCCAACACUUUCGAAUACGUUCAAAAUCAAUUCCACUUUCAUCAUUCAAGUAGUAUCAGAGAUUAAUUUACCAAAACAAAUCAAAAUUUCAGUGAACAUUGAAGAUUCCUCAUCAAAUUCCAUUUGCUCCAAUUCUCAAAUCGUAAACAUCAAUCAAUGUGAAAUUUCGAAUGGAUUUUUACAAUUCGAAUUAACAACUCCCUGCCAAAAUGUUCAAUUAUGGUAUCCAGUUGGCUAUGGGUCUCAACCUCUCUAUCAAGUGAAAGCCUCACUCACCAGUCAAUCAUUCCACGACACUUUACAAAAACGAAUUGCUUUCAGACAAGUGAAAAUAAUUCAAAAGCCAAUCCAAGAAACUGAUCCAAUCAACAAUCCAAGCAAAUCAUUCUAUUUUGAAAUUAAUGGAAUUCCAGUAUUUGCCAAAGGUUCCAAUUACAUUCCUCCAGAUUCAUUUGUUGAAAGAGUGAGCGACCAAGAUUUGAGAAAUUUACUCGAUUCCUUCAUAGAAUCCAAUCAAAAUACUUUGAGGAUUUGGGGAGGUGGAAAUUUUGAAAGAGAUUCCUUCUAUGAUUUUUGUGAUGAGAAGGGAAUAUUGGUUUGGCAAGAAUUCAUGUUUGCAUGUGCUACCUAUCCAAGAACUGAACUAUUCCUACAAAGUAUUUCAAAGGAAAUUCAACAACAAGCAACUCGAUUGAUGCACCAUCCAUCAAUUAUCAUGUGGAGUGGAAGUAAUGAGAAUGAGGCCUCUCUGUGGGGAGAUACUUGGUACUCGCCAGUGAUUAAUUCAAACACAAACAAGAUGAGAUACAUUGUCGAUUAUGGAACAUUAUAUUUCGAGACGGUGAGGAGAAAUCUUCUUCAAGUGGAUAGUUCAAGACCAUUCUGGCCAUCAAGCCCUUCAAAGGGAGUAAUUUCUGAAGAGCCAUACGUUGGAUAUUGGCUUAAUCCUUACUCUACCUCAUUGGGAGAUGUUCACUAUUAUGAUUACAGUACAGUUUGUACCAACGUGGAUAAUUUCCCAAGAGCCAGAUUCAUGUCUGAGUAUGGACAUCAAUCGUUUGCCUCAUUACAAACUUUCAAAUCUGUGAGUAUGGCCCAGGAUUGGUUCUAUAAUUCCACACUAAUGAAUCAUAGACAACACCAUCCAGACGGUACCAAUCAAAUACUCUUCCAAAUAGGAAAUCAUUUCAAAUUUGAUAAUUUAUAUGGAAAUUUUGAAAAUUUCAUUUACUUGUCUCAAUGCUCGCAAGCUCUCUGCAUGAAAGCUCAAACUGAAUAUUACAGAUCUCUAAGGGAUGAUCCAAAUGUUCAAACAUAUGGAGCCCUAUAUUGGCAAUUGAAUUCGAUUUGGCAAACUGUGGACUGGGCGUCUUUGGAAUAUGGAUUAAAAUGGAAGAUGAUGCAUUACUUUGUUAAGGAUUUCUUCUCAGAGAGUCUUGUGUUAUCCUACGAACAGGGAGGAUGGUUUAAGAUUUUUGUCACCACUGAUCGAAUGAAACAAUUGACAGCAUCAGUCACUGUGAAAAUAAUUCAAUAUUCGAAUGGUGAAAUCAAAAAGACUUUGAAUUUCCCAAACCUUUCCAUUCAACCACUCUCUGGACAAAUGAUUUUUGCAAAGGAAAGUGAAAUGCUCAUCCUAGAAAGUUUGUGCUUCCUUUCGAAUCGUUGCUUUGUCCACAUGUCCUUGACCGACUAUUCUACUAAUGAGAUUAUCUCUGAAAAUGUUCACUUCCUCUCACCAUUGGCACUUGUCACUGAUUUGCCAAAAACAAACUUUAAAAUUAUCAAUGCAAAAUUAUUGGAGGAUGGAACAGUGGUUCAAUUUGAUUUGAUUUCAGAUCAAGUUGCCUUUUAUGUUUGGUUAGAAAAUGAUGGAAAUUCAGGAAGAUUUGACAGGAAUGGACUAAUGAUGUUGAAAGAAAGAUCAGAAACUAUUCGCUUCUCCACUUUAAAUCAUCAAUUAAGAAUUCAAAAUUUGGAUCAAUUCAUUUCCAAUAUAAGAAUUAAAUCCAUUCGUGAUGUUUACCAUUAA